AUGUCGGACUUGAGCAAAAGCACCGUUCUUGUCACCGGCGCCGGCGGUAGAACCGGCCAAAUUGUUUACAAGAAGCUCAAGGAGAGGUCGGACCAGUACACUGCUCGAGGCUUUGUGAGAACUCAAGAGAGCAAGGAAAAAAUCGGUGGAGAAGAUGAUGUUUACAUUGGGGACAUAAGGGAUAGUGACACGUUAAUUUCGCCUAUUCAAGGUAUAGAUGCUCUUGUUAUACUCACGAGUGCCGUCCCCAAGAUGAAGCCCGGGUUUGACCCGUCCAAAGGCGGACGACCCGAAUUCUAUUUCGAAGAUGGUGAAUUCCCCGAACAGGUCGACUGGAUUGGGCAAAAGAACCAAAUAGACGCUGCUAAAGCUGCUGGAGUGAAGCAGAUUGUGUUGGUCGGGUCAAUGGGAGGAACAAACCCAAAUCACCCGUUAAAUAGCUUGGGAAAUGGAAAUAUCUUGGUUUGGAAGAGAAAGGCCGAACAAUACUUGGCCGACUCAGGAAUACCAUACACCAUAAUUCGGGCCGGAGGGUUGCAAGAUAAAGAAGGCGGUAUAAGAGAGCUGUUAGCGCUAAAUUCCGAGGAGGCAAAAUUUAAGGCUUUUGAUCUUGCUUCGAAGCCCGAAGGAACCGGGACGCCGACCAAGGACUUUAAGGCUUUGUUUUCCCAAAUCACCACUAAGUUCUGA